CUUUUUUUGCCACUUUUUUUUUUCUUCUUCUUUUGUAAGAAAACCUUCACUCUCUUAACGAUGGACUUACUGAGCCAGUUCCAACUAGGCCCUCAACAAAGUUUUAAUCUACAAACAUUUCCUACAACAACGACACCACAGGUUCUCAAUCAUCCAAAAUUAAUUAAAAGUAUUGCCAUCGAUCGAUGUUCUAAUUUCAUUAGCGCAGGCGCUAAUGGUAAUGACAUCAAUCUUCUUUCACAACUUUAUAGAGCACGCACUAAUUCUAAUGAUUACAUCUCGAUCAUGGUCUAUAGUGUACCUGAUCUUAAACGCAUUACUUUCGAGGAAGCCAUUCAACAAGACUUUCGCCCAACUCAUGUAGGGGAAUGGUUUGGCCCAUCUUGGUCUACCCAUUGGUUUCAUGUACAAAUCAAGAUUCCAAAAGAAUUUGUUGGUGAAGAGGUACAGUUGAUUUGGAAUGCAGAUAAUGAAGCCAUGAUCUGGAGUAUGGAAGGGGUCCCAUUACAAGGCUUGACGGGAGGAGCUGGAAGUGAUGCUCGUCAUGAAUACAUCUUGACGACAAAUGCAGAAGGAGGUGAAAUUAUUCAACUUUAUAUUGAAAUGGCAUGCAACGGUAUGUUUGGAGCUGCAAAUGGACUUAUUGGCCCACCUGAUCCCGACCGAUUUUUUAAUUUAACUGAAGUGGAUCUUGUGGUGCCCAAUAAAUUAGCUUGGAAUCUAUUGUAUGAUUUCCAAAUCAUUUUGGGAAUGGCACGAGAUUUUCCAGAGGAUUCUUUAAGAGGAACACAGGCACUUUAUACAGCGAAUAAUAUUGUUAAUGCGUUUAUACCUGAUGAUGAUAAUUCAAUUUUGAAAGGACUAGAGAUUGCGCACGAGUUUUUAAAGUUAAGAAAUGGAGAAGCACAGCAUGAGAUUUAUGCUAUUGGACAUUGUCAUAUUGAUACGGCAUGGUUAUGGCCAUUUGAGGAAACGAUCCGAAAAGCAGCACGUAGUUGGUCUUCACAAAUUAACUUGAUGGAUCGAUAUCCAGAUUAUAAAUUUGUUUGUUCACAGGCACAACAAUAUCAAUGGAUAAAGGAACGCUAUAACAAAUUAUGGGAAAGAAUGAUUGAAAAAGUAGCCCUUGGACAGUUCUUACCUACUGGAGGUACUUGGGUUGAAAUGGAUACGAUUAUGCCGUCUGGUGAAUCACUGUGUAGACAAUUUUUGUUAGGUCAACGAUUUUUCGAGCAGAACUUUGGUAAACGUUGUAAAGUAUUUUGGUUACCUGAUUCAUUUGGAUAUUCACCACAGUUACCUCAGCUGGUUAAACUUGCAGAUAUGGACUAUUUCUUUACACAAAAGUUAUCGUGGAAUAAUGUUAACAAAUUCCCAUUAACAACGUUUUGGUGGAUUGGAUUAGAUGGGUCUAAAGUAUUGACGCAUAUGGCACCCUCAGAGACCUAUAAUGCCCAAUGUACACCUGAGGAAUUAGUAAGAAGCCUUAUGAAUCAUCGUGAUAAGAUGUAUUCGAAUACAAGUUUAUUGGUUUAUGGUAAUGGUGACGGAGGUGGAGGACCUGUAGCAGGAAUGAUUGAAAGAUUAAGAAGAAUGAGAAAUAUUGAUGGGUUACCAAAGACAGAGAUGGCUUUAACGACACACUUUUAUCAACAAAUAGAAAUGACAUCUAAGGAAUUACCUUAUUGGAAAGGAGAAUUGUAUUUUGAAUUGCAUAGAGGCAUUUAUACAACACAAGCCUUCUGUAAAAAACUAAAUCGAAGUUGUGAGUUCCUUUUACGAGACAUUGAGAUGCUUGCAACAUUUGCAAUGUUAUUAUAUCCAGAUCAAUUUCAAUAUCCACAAGUAGAAUUUACAGAGUUUUGGAAGUUGCUUAAUUUAACUCAAUUUCAUGAUGUUAUUUCAGGAUCAGCUAUUGAAAUGGUCUAUGAAGAUUGUUUACAGAUGUUUACUAAAAUUGAUGUCUUGGGCAAACAAAUACGAUAUGAUCUAUUGACACUUUUAUUACAUGAAACAAGAAAAGAAUCCGAUAAACUACAUGUUUCGACCAUGCCAGUCAAUAGUUAUGCAAAGUCAUUAGCUGUCAUUAAUACAUUAGCUUGGGAAAGAGAGGCUGUUGUAUUAGAGGUUCCUCUUAAAGAAUUUGAUGAUACUAGCAUAGUGAAACAAUUUUCCGCAUUUGGUCAAUCUGGUUACGUCUUGGUGACACAUAUUCCUGCAAUAAGUGCUAUAGGUGUUCCCUUAUCAGUCCCUACAUCUAUAAACGAUAGCGAACGAACCAAGGUACAAACAGAUAGCCAAAGCAACAUUAUGAUGGAAAAUGCCCUCAUUCGAGCCACCUUUGAUCAAUCAGGUCACCUUAUCCAUCUUUAUGACAAACAAUUAGAACGCGAACUAAUUAAAGCCGGAGAACGCGGUAAUGUCUUUCGGCUUUAUGAAGAUGUUCCACUCUUCUGGGAUGCUUGGGAUGUUGAAAUUUACCAUCUUGAAAAAUACAAGACAAUUGAAGAAGGAUCUGUCCAGAUUCUUGAACAGGGGCCUCUUCGAGCCUCUAUUUUAAUUGAAAAGGAAAUCUCAAAGACCAGUCGUUUACGUCAAAUUGUUGUCUUGAAUAUACACUCACAACGUCUUGACUUUGAGACCGAGGUAGAUUGGAAUGAAAAUCGACAGUUCCUUAAAGUUGAAUUUGCCUGGGACAUCAUGACAGACCAUGUGAAUUAUGAAUGUCAGUAUGGAUAUGUACAACGGCCCACUCAUUAUAAUACAAGUUGGGAGAGUGCGAAGUUUGAAGUAGUGGCGCACAAGUAUGCAGAUAUGUCUGAGUAUGGUUAUGGUGUGGCUCUCUUGAGUGAUUGUAAAUAUGGCUUUUCAGCUUAUCAAAAUUGUAUGCGAUUAUCACUCUUAAGGUCCCCUAAGGCUCCAGAUUCAAAUUGUGAUGUAGGCCAUCAUUCAUUUAAAUAUGCUAUUUAUCCACAUCCAAACCAUUUCUUACAAUCCAAUGUUGUUCAAGAAGGAUAUAAUUUCAAUUCACCGUUGAUUACGAGAGUAAUAGCCGAAGAUAAAACAUUCGAUUUAAAAUCGGCUCUACCUCAAUUUCGAAUUGAGAAUGCACCAAAUGUAGUUUUGGACACCAUUAAAAAAGCUGAAGAUUCGAAUCAUGUGAUAAUGAGAAUCUAUGAAGCAUAUGGAGGACAUGCACAAGCUCGUUUAAUAAGGUAUAUAGAAUGGAAAUAAAAAAAGAAAACAUUAUUAUAUACUAAGAUAAUAUCCAGCUCAAAAAUCAUUACACGAGCUGUAAAAUGUAAUAUUCUCGAAGAUGAUAUAGAAGAAAUACCUAUUGAACAUCAUUCAUACAAUAUAAGAAAACGAACGUUUAGUACCAACUUGCGUGUUUUAGAUGAUGAUGUGCUUGAACUUCAACAACAAGAGCAAGAACGAAAAAUGAAUGAAGGUUUACUUGUUAAAUUGAAGCCUUUUGAAGUGAUCACUCUUAAAU